UGAUACUUUAUCUUUCAAGUUGCCCUAGGUCGUGUGACCAAGUCUAGUUGCACUUGCACCCAGCAAAACCCUUUUGCGAUCCCUCGAUAAGAGAGGUUGAAUCUUGAUUGUCAGUAGAAACACGCUCGGCAACACUUCGACGGGGGAAGGGUUUUGAAAGAGGGACCUCUCCCUGUUUCAAAGGAGAACAAGAUCCUAGCGCCUUUCCCGUCCAUUAAUCAGGAGGAGAGUUUGUUCUUCACUACCUUCAAUGGCGGCGAUGAUGAACCCUUACGAUCCCAGAUACACGGAUCCCAACUCCUAUAGGGAGAGAAGAAGUGGCCUAAUGGCACCACAGCAAACAAUGUCACCCUCCAUGAUGGGCGGAGUAGGUGGUGGCGCUGACCCUAAUGUCGGGAGUGGUGGACCACUUGCUUACGGAAGAUCACCUUCAGCUUUCGUUGGCGGGAGGGGGGGUGGAGGUGUUGGUGUUCCCGGCGGGCCGGGACCGGGUAGCUUUAACGGAUACCCGCCCUUCCAACCUGACAUCGGCAGAGGGUUUGACAUUGGCCGAGGUGGUGGAGGAAGGGGCUUCAGUGCAGGGAGAGGUGGUGGAAGGGGCGGGGGUGGAGAACGUGGCGGUAGAUUUUCUGUUCUAGACCGCAGCGGCCGAAUGUCUGAUGGAGACCGUGGUGGCAGUGGUUUCAGAGGAGGCAGGGAUGUAGGACGCGGACGUGGUGGUAUAAGGGGUGGUCGUGACGGUGGGCGUCGUGGUGGUGGGAGCUUUGGUGGUAGAGGUUUUGAUUCCGGCCGUGGCGGAGGUAGGGCGAGCAGCGGUCGUGGCGGAGGUAGGAGUUUUGACUCCGGCCGUGGUGGCGGUAGAGGUAGAGAUGGUGGAAAGUCUAGAGGGGAGUUGAACAGCAUUCUUCUUCCUAAGCAGGAUUUUGGAGACUUGGUACCCUUUGAAAAGAAUUUUUACGUGGAAAGCCCUUCCGUCCAGGCAAUGACGGAGCAAGAGGUUGCGCUUUACCGAGCAAGGCGUGAGAUUACGGUGGAAGGCUACGAUGUCCCAAAGCCAAUCAGACUAUUUCAAGAGACAAACUUUCCAGCGUACUGCCUCGAGGUGAUGGCUAAAUUGGGGUUUGUUGAACCCACUCCCAUUCAAUCUCAAGGAUGGCCUAUGGCUUUAAAAGGCAGAGAUUUGAUCGGUAUUGCGGAGACGGGUUCUGGGAAAACGUUGGCAUAUCUGAUGCCUGCGUUAGUACAUGUCAGUGCGCAGCGCCGGCUGAUACGAGGUGAAGGACCCAUCGUGCUGGUCCUAGCACCUACAAGAGAAUUGGCUGUUCAGAUACAAGAAGAAGUUGCCAAAUUUGGGUCACGUUCCAGUAUGAGAAGUACUUGCAUAUACGGUGGUGCCCCAAAGGGACCACAGAUUCGCGAUCUCCAAGCAGGGGUUGAGAUUGUCAUUGCAACACCCGGUCGACUGAUUGAUAUGUUGGAAGCUCAGCAUACAAACUUACGGAGAGUAACAUACCUUGUUUUGGAUGAGGCUGACCGAAUGUUAGACAUGGGGUUUGAACCGCAGAUCAGGAAAAUUGUAUCGCAAAUUCGGCCAGAUAGGCAGACACUAUAUUGGAGUGCCACAUGGCCCAGGGAGGUGGAAGCAUUGGCAAGGCAGUUCUUACAUAAUCCCUACAAGGUGAUCAUUGGAUCUGUGGAUUUGAAGGCCAAUCAUUCUAUCAACCAGGUAGUCGAAGUUAUGACGGAUAUGGAGAAGUAUAAUAGGCUGAUCAAAUUACUUUCGGAAAUGAUGGAUGGGAGUCGGAUCCUUAUAUUCCUGGAGACGAAAAAAGGAUGUGAUCAGGUCACACGGCAGCUGAGGAUGGAUGGAUGGCCAGCUCUAUCCAUCCAUGGUGAUAAAAACCAGGCCGAAAGGGACUGGGUUCUGGCUGAGUUCAAAAGUGGCAGAAGUCCUAUAAUGACUGCCACUGAUGUAGCUGCACGUGGUCUUGAUGUGAAAGACAUAAAAUGUGUGAUCAAUUACGAUUUCCCAUCGAGCCUUGAAGAUUAUGUCCACAGAAUUGGACGAACUGGCCGUGCAGGUGCUAAAGGAACUGCAUUUACCUUUUUUACGCAUGCAAAUGCGAAGUUUGUGAGGGAUCUAAUUAAGAUCCUACAAGAAUCUGGCCAGAUCGUGAGUCCUGCAUUGGCUGCCUUAGCCCGUUCAGGUGGUUAUGGUGGGGGAGGGUCAGGUGGGAACUUCCGCUCCAGGGGGCGAGGUGGAGGAGGAGGAGGAGGAGGAGGUUUUGGUAACCGAGCUUUGAUUUCAGGUUCCAAUACCAUACCUCUUGGGUCAAAGAGGCCAUGGUAGUCUCUAUUUUAUGGCUGCCAUAGACUGAAGCUGAAGAACUAACCUGUGUAUGUAAGAUAGAAUUCACUCUAUGUCGUAUUCCAUAGUUCCAUCUUGAAAAUCUUCUGAAAAUGAUCAAACUGCUACAUUGAGGUCUUCUGUCUGUGGAAUGUUUAUGUCCAUUUUUUGGCUAAUGAAGGUCAGCCCGAUCCCGUUAAAGUUGUACAUUCAAUAGACCUGCUUCAUGUCCAUUUAACUUUAGUAAGAGUUGUGGCCUCA